UUUCGUUUUUUCUUUCAAAUUUUAGUUUUUCGUUUGUGGUUACGAUUGUUCGGCGCCGUAGAAAAGCGUUCGGACGGGUUCGGAGCUUUUCUGCAUGGCGGUUUGCUUCCGGCGAACUACGACAGCGAGAUCAUUAAGCUCCGUGAACGUAAGCUUUUAUCCUGUUGUUUUCCGUGAGAUGAGAAACGCAAUACGAACAAGUUGAAUGGGGAGAUUGAGAACAACGUUUUUGGCGAUCUCUCUCGUUGUUUUCGUUUGUGUUUCCGAGGAGAUUAUCUCUCGAGACGGUGUAGGGAAUCUCUUGUCAUUCUCCCUCUCCGUGAAUCAAGAUUUUAUCGAUGUGGCAGAGCAAACAUGGAUUUCUCAACAUCCGAAUUCGAAGAAUGAGAGAUGUUAUUGGCAUUGGUUCAAGAAUUGGUUUCUUGAAUCUCAAGGCGAAUCUACGACCUAUCCAAGAAGGAAGCUGGUCAGUAAAAGACAAAAGUUUAGUGUAUCUGCUCCAAAGUUAGCUUCCCGUCCUGUACCAGGACCGGUUUAUGCGCCAGGACCUGCGCCACGUUUGGGGCCAGGUCCUGCACCGAGUCCUAGAAGUUAUGAUCUGGCUGCACCUGCAAGCGCUCCAACCCCAAAUCAACCUUCAGAUUCAUCAGCUGAGACACCGGAUGAGGAUUUGAGUCCUGGUCCAAGCGAGGAAAAAAAACCGAGUGUUGCUCCUAGCCGAAGUGUUCCGGGUCCUCCUCCUCCACCAAAGGAGAAGAAGGAUGAUAUAUUGAUGAAACUUAUCAUCGCUGUUGCUUCAACUGCUUUGUUAACGUUUGCUCUUGUUGCAUUGAUGUUCUUGUGUUGCUUCAGAUGCAAUCGUAAAAAUGCCAAUGGUCCAAGAGAUGAAGGACCACUUCUACGUUUAUCAACUGGAUCUACUGAGAACUCUCCCACCAUUGCAAGCACUAGCACGAGAAUGUUCGGUGUUGCUAGUUCAAAAAAGAGGUCGUUUCUUUCUAGAGUAUCUUUUAAGAGAAAUGGUAAUGAGUUUCCAACAGCAGCUGAUGUUACUUCUUCCACUGGACUUCCUCCAUUGAAGCUUCCACCUGGAAGAUCAGCUCCUCCUCUUGCCCCUACUCCUGCUCCUGAUCCACCUCCACAGCCACCACCCCCUCCUCCUCCUAAACCUCAGCCUCCUCCACCUCCUAAGAUUGCUCGUCCUCCACCUCUACCACCGAAAGGUGCAGCUCCAAAACGUCAAGGACAUACUUCCUCUGGAGAUGGAUCUGAUGUUGAUUCUGAGAAUGGAGCUCCAAAGACAAAACUAAAGCCGUUCUUUUGGGAUAAAAUGGCUACUCCUGAUCAGAAAAUGGUUUGGCAUGAGAUCAGCGCUGGUUCAUUCCAGUUCAAUGAAGAGAUGAUGGAGAAUCUUUUCGGUUACAACGAUGGCAACAAAAACAAAACUGGUCAGAGAAGUAAUUCCGCUAGCGAGUCUCCUGUCCAAUAUAUACAGAUAAUAGACGCUAGGAAAGCACAAAACUUAGCUAUUCUUCUUAGAGCUUUGAAUGUAACAACAGAGGAAGUUGUUGAUGCCAUCAAAGAAGGUAAUGAGCUCCCAGUAGAGCUUCUACAAACAUUGCUGAAGAUGGCUCCAACUCAAGAAGAAGAACUCAAACUUAGAUUAUACUCAGGAGAUCUUCACCUACUUGGUCCAGCAGAGCGGUUCUUGAAAAUUCUUGUUGAUGUACCUUUUGCAUUUAAACGUAUAGAGUCACUUCUAUUUAUGAUCUCACUUCAAGAAGAAGUCUCUGGCCUCAAAGAAUCUCUCGCAACUCUUGAGGUGGCUUGCAAGAAACUCAGAAACAGCAGACUAUUCUUGAAACUACUAGAAGCAGUUCUCAAGACAGGAAACCGUAUGAACGUAGGAACCUUCCGCGGUGAUGCGCAGGCUUUUAAACUUGACACUCUUUUAAAACUCUCUGACGUCAAAGGAACUGAUGGCAAAACCACACUCUUAAAUUUCGUUGUUCUUGAGAUCAUUCGUUCUGAAGGUGUCCGUGCACUCCGCCUCCAGAGAUCAAGCCGAAGCUUCUCUAGCGUUAAAACAGACGAUUCAGCAUCAGAUUCUAGCCCACAGUCGUUAGAGCGUUACCGAAGCACUGGUCUUCAAGUGGUUACGGGGUUAACAACAGAGCUUGAAGAUGUAAAGAAAGCAGCAAUCAUAGACGCUGAUGGCUUGGCUGCAACGUUAACAAAUCUAAGCGAUUCACUAACGAACGCGAGAGAGUUCUUGAAAACUAUGGACGAAGAGAGUGAUUUCGAACGAGCAUUAGCUGGAUUUAUCGAACGUGCAGAUGCUGAUAUCAAAUGGUUGAGAGAAGAAGAAGAGAGGAUCAUGGCGUUGGUGAAAAGCUCUGCUGAUUAUUUCCAUGGCAAAUCAGCCAAGAACGAAGGGCUGAGAGUGUUCGCCAUAGUGCGCGAUUUCUUGAUUAUGUUGGAGAAAGUUUGCAGAGAAGUUAAAGAAACUACAAAGACUACGAACCGGUCGGGUAAGAAGGAGAAUGAAAUGGGGACUUCGGACAGUACUCAACCAUCUCCGGACAUUCGAAAACGUUUGUUUCCGGCUAUUGCUGAACGAAGAAUGGACAGUUCGGAUGAUUCAGACGAUGAUGAGGGUAGUUUAUCUCCUUAGUCUUUUGAUAACGUUAACGCCGUUUAGGUUUCCUUCACGCCGGGAAGAGAUUGAUCGCCGGAAACUUACAAAAGAAAAAAAAGGAGGAAGCCGGAAGUUUUAUGUUUAACAAAAAGGCGUGGAAAACUAGUGAGUUUGUUGUAGCUGUUGCGAAGAUCAAAGUUGUUCGAUAUUAAUUAUGUUUUCUUGAAAAUCUUACUUACAUCGUAUAUUUGUAUUAUUAUUUCCCUAUUUGUGAACCAAAAAGAUAGAUGAUACGUGUUUUUAGAUGUCGAUCGAAAAAAAUGUGUUUGAGAAGAACUUUCUGUUUAUUUUCAGUCUUAUAUAAAAACUUCAAUGAGAAGAAAAGUUAUGUGAGAUGGUAUGGAG